AUGGCGUCCGUCUCGCAGUCUGUGGCUGAUGUAGCUAUCCGUCCUUACUGCGCGGCCGACCACGACGCGGUGGUGCAAAUAUACCUCGACGGGAUGAUCUCCUACUCUUACGAGGGCGAGGACGAGGCCAGCAAGACGCUGUGGGCGCGGGUCCGGCAGGCGUCCGUGGAGAGCGACCUGGCCGACAUCGAGGGGGUUUACUUUGCCAAUGGCGGGCGGUUCUGGGUGGCGGUUGCGCGCACCGAGGGCGGAGAGGAAGAUGUCGUCGGGAUGGUGGGGCUGCAGCGCCACAGCGACGACGUGGGCGAGCUGCGCCGCAUGUCCGUCAAGGACGGAUUCCGCCGCAUGGAACUAGGGCGGAGACUGCUGCAGCACCUGCAAGACUGGGCCAGAGCUCGCGGCUUCAAGCGCGUGGAGCUGUCGACGGGCCUGGCAAUGACCAACGCCGUGGAGUUCUACAAGUCGCAGGGCUGCACGCUCACGCACACGACCAUCUUCACGCCGGGCAUGACGCACGAGGAAGCGCACUUCGCCCGAUCCUUAAUUUAG